GCCAUGGACAAGCUCAGUGGCAGCAGGUCCGAGCUGGGGCCACCGCUUCCACCCCCCAGAUGUGUGGACUCCCCAGGUUGGAGAGAAGAUGCCCCCAGCCCAUCCUUUCUGCCUGCCCCAGGGACCUGGAGACACAAGGCCCAGGAGGAGGACGAGGAGGAAAAUAAGUAUGAGCUUCCCCCCUGUGAGGCUCUGCCCCUCAGUCUAGCCCCUGCCCACCUUCCUGGCACUGAGGAGGACUCCUUGUACCUGGAUCACUCUGGCCCCCUGGGUCCAUCCAAGCCACCCCUGCGUCAGCCCACCAUGCUGAAGGAAGGAGUGAGCCUGCCGGUGACCGGGAAGCAGGCACCUGUCUUCGGAAGGCGAGAGCAGGGUGCAUCAUCCAGAAUGGUACCAGACCUUCCAAAAAAACCUGAUGAGAACCUCUACUUGGAAUGUGAGCCUGAUCCAGUCCUGGCUUUGACUCAGACUCUCAGCCCCCAAGUCCUGAUGCCUUCAGGGCUUCUGCCCAGGGCAUCGGUGGUGCCCAGGCCCACAGCCCCCCAGGAAACUUGGAAUGGCGCAGCGGAUGCCACCUCUAAAGGAAGGAAAUUGUCUCUUCCCUCUGUAGCCGCCGCUGGGAGCGCCUCAGCUGUUGAGGAUGGCGACCUGCUGGCUCAGCCUUGGUACUCAGGGAACUGUGACCGCCAUGCUGUUGAGAGUGCCCUGCUCUGCUUACAAAAGGACGGGGCCUACACCGUGCGCCCCAGCUCGGGGCCUCAUGGCUCCCAGCCCUUCACUCUGGCAGUGCUUCUCCGAGGCCGGGUCUUCAACAUUCCCAUCCGGCGGCUGGAUGGCGGGCACCACUAUGCCCUGGGCCGGGAGGGCAGGAACCAUGAGGAGCUCUUCCCCUCCGUGGCCGCCAUGGUCCGGCACUUCACGAGGCACCCCCUGCCCCUUGUGGACAGACAUAGCGGCAGCCGGGAACUCACCUGCCUGCGCUUCCCCACCAAGCCCUGAGGCCACAGCAAGGGCUGACACCUCUUCCUGGCCUCCAGGAAUGCAGGUAUCCACCCAACUCACUAAGUCCUGGA